AUGGCGUACAUCCAGUUGGAACCAAUAAAUGAGGGUCUGCUCGCUAGAAUCUCGGAUCUCUUGCUGUGCCGGUGGACUUGUAGAAAUUGUUGUCAGAAGUGUUUCGACUGUAGCUGUUGUCAAACAAAUGAAGAUGAAGUUGAAAUCCUGGGACCUUUUCCUGCUCAGACUCCAGCCUGGCUGAUAAGCAGCCAAAAUGAGGACAAAGAUGGAGACUCUGAUAAUACAAUCAGUGAACUGCCUCCCACUCUUCAGGAUGUUUCCCCUGACAGAAGGCGGUCAUCUUCAGAUGCAUCACGGUCCACUUACAGCCUCACCAGGCGGAUUUCAAGUUUAGAGUCAAGGAGGCCAAGUUCUCCAUUAAUUGACAUUAAACCUAUUGAGUUUGGAAUAAUAGGAGCCAAGAAAGAAAUAGUUCAGCCAACUAUCCUGCGGAAAACCUAUAGCCCGGAUGACUAUUUUAGAAAAUUUGAACCAAGACUGUACUCUCUUGACUCAAAUAGCGAUGAUAUGGACUCCUUAACAGAUGAGGAAAUCUUAUCGAAGUACCAGCUGGGCAUGCUGCACUUUAGCACUCAGUAUGACCUGUUGCAUAAUUACCUAAUAGUGCGAGUCAUUGAGGCUAAGGACCUGCCUCCCCCGAUUUCAUACGAUGGCUCCAGGCAAGAUAUGGCUCACUCCAACCCCUACGUGAAGAUCUGCCUGCUUCCAGACCAGAAGAACUCCAAGCAGACCGGAGUUAAGCGCAAAACUCAGAACCCAGUGUUUGAAGAGAGGUACACAUUUGAAAUCCCGUUUUUAGAAGCCCAGAGAAGAACUCUGCUUUUAACCGUAGUGGAUUUUGACAAAUUCUCACGCCAUUGUGUUAUUGGCAAAGUGUCAAUGCCCUUGAGUGAUGUAGACCUUGUGAAAGGCGGUCACUGGUGGAAAGCCCUUGUUCCUAGUUCUCAGAAUGAAGUCGAGCUGGGGGAGCUGCUGUUGUCACUAAACUACCUACCCAGCGCAGGAAGACUGAACGUGGACAUCAUUAGAGCAAAACAGCUUCUUCAGACAGACAUGAGCCAAGGUUCAGAUCCCUUUGUGAAAAUUCAGCUUGUUCAUGGAUUGAAGUUAACCAAAACCAAGAAAACCUCCUGCAUGCGAGGGACCAUAGAUCCCUUUUACAACGAGUCCUUCAGCUUCAAGGUUCCACAAGAAGAACUGGAAAAUGCCAGCUUGGUGUUCACAGUGUACGGGCACAACGUGAAGAGCAGCAACGACUUCAUCGGGAGGAUCGUCAUCGGCCAAUACUCCACGGGUGCCCCCGAGUCCAACCACUGGCGCCGGAUGCUCAACGCACACCGGACGGCCGUGGAGCAGUGGCACAGCCUGCGCUCCCGGGAGGAGUGCGACCGCGUCUCCCCUGCGUCCCUGGAGGUGACAUGA